AUGGGGCUAUCCUCAAGCACGAUCGGCCCACCGGUUGAUCCCUUACACGUGUUCACAGGACAAGGCCAGGUGCUGGGCCUGUUGUUAGACGAAUUGUAUAUCUACUCAGAAAACCCAUUGAACGGGCUGCGCAGACUUUUUGAAGCAAGAUCAACAUGUGAUUAUGAAGGCGGGCCUCCAUGUAAUGUAAUCUGCUCACAAACAGGUCUCUUUCUCACUCAAGCAGAUUGGACGGUUGAUACCUUCGUUCGCUACCUGGUUCAACGCAAUCCCGACGUGGCCGCCGCAAUCAGGAGGGCUGGACCACUGCUCUACCAGAUCUUGGUACAUUACGGAUCAUUGCCAUUCCCUGUCGACGAAGAUAAACGCAUGACAUGCGGUUCCUUCCUUCGCGGCAUCUACAUGCUGUCUAAAAACAACCAUCGCGUUCUCUCGCACCAAGUUUCCAGGUGGCAGGGCGACGAGCCAGUCACUAGAGCAAGAGAGCCAGCAGACGAUACGCGAAUCUUGUUUCAGAGCAUUGCUACUGGUAACCCGCGCACAUUCCAGAAUCCAGGUCAUCGCUCAGAAGAUGACGACGAGGAUCUCAUCGAUGUACUCUUCAGGCUCGGUGAGACCAUUCGCGAGCGGCGAUCCCCCAAACACGGCUUCAAGCGUAAGGACGUCAUAUCAGCUGCGCCUUUGCUUCCCAGUUCGUAUUCGAGAAGCUUGGAAGGGUCUGUAUCUGUACGCGACUUGGAGGUCUUGUUGGACUUGAUUGUUUCAUUGAUCAGCAGACUGUUCGGCGUUGCAGAGCAACCGGUAAACCAGGCCGUCGUUCAAUGCAUCAUCGAGGGCUUUCGACAGAAUUCUAGAGAUAUGACCUCCGUCGAGUGGCCGACGUUUCGAGACACCAUACUGUCCUCGGUUACGCUCAUCAAAUCCUACCCCAACUUACUUUCGGUACUAGAGGCAUUUAUCGAGCAGAGCUUCGGAAUCACCCCGGACUUUUGGCACGGGCUACUGUACCCUCUGGCCAUAGCAGGCGUCUACAAAAUGGUUGUUACGUCCAAAAUCAUCGCUGUAGAGCAGCUUGCGCAAUUGUUCCUGAUCAUGUGUAGUGGAUAUGGUCUGGCGCCGGACAAUCAGGCCAUUAUUGUGCCAUUACAACCUGGCAGCACUAAUUUCCAGGCCGAUAUGCGACAUAUCACCAACAUCACGACGCUUUUACAAACGCCGGACCAUCUACUCAUCGUGCAAGCCAGGGAAGAUAUAUCGGAAGCUGCGUAUCAAUCGACGACUUUUUGCGUUUACACAGGCGCGCUUGGAGAACUUCAAAUCCACGACUUGGAUCGUCCUCGGGUUCGGUUCCGUAGACCUGGGGAGAAAUAGUCGAUUUUUCGACUUUCUCCUGUACACCGUGUCUUUCAGAAGGGGAUAAAUGACCCAAAAGAUACUUUAGAGGUAUUGACAGAGCAGAAUGGCGUGAGGAUCACCACUAGAGCCCUAAGUCUUACUUUCAACGAUUCGCUGCGCCAUUUAGAGAUCAAUGGAGGCUCGAUGGCUUUCGAAGGCAAGGUCACCGCACUCGAGAUCUGGAAUGUGGGAUAUGAAGGAUGAGAUGCCCCGACCAUGUAUGUUAGCGAAU